AUGGUCCAGCAGGUGGGCCUGGGACCUGGGCAGCUGGAAGCUAUGACCAUUCUGCUCUUUCUUGGAUUAUUCUGGUUGGGAAUGGGAGCUGAUGGGGCUGAAGCUGCCUGCGGUGUUGUCUUCCAGGCACGCAUCACAGGUGGCAACAAUGCAGCCCCUGGGCAGUGGCCCUGGCAGGUCAGCAUUACCUACAAUGGCGACCAUGUGUGUGGCGGCUCUCUAGUGUCUGAGCAGUGGGUGCUAUCGGCUGCUCACUGCUUCCCCAGGGAACACUAUAAGAAAGACUAUGAGGUAAAACUGGGGGCCUACCAGCUGGACACCUUCAGCCAGGACGCAGUGGUCCACACUGUGGCCCAGGUCAUCUCCCACCCCAGUUACCGCCAGGAAGGCUCCCAGGGUGACAUCGCACUCCUGCGCCUCAGCAGCCCUGUCACCUUCUCCCGACAUAUCCGGCCCAUUUGCCUCCCAGCUGCUAAUGCCUCCUUCCCCAAUGGCUUCCACUGUUUCGUCACAGGAUGGGGCCAUGUGGCCCACUCAGUGAGCCUCCAGACCCCCAGGCAGCUGCAGCAGCUGGAGGUGCCACUGAUCAGUCGUGAGACGUGCAGCUGUCUGUACAACAUCGGUGCCAAGCCUGAGGAGCCCCAUGUUCUACAGCAGGACAUGCUAUGUGCCGGCUACGUGGAGGGGCGCAAGGAUGCCUGCCAGGGUGACUCUGGGGGACCACUCUCCUGCCCUGUGGAGGGCCUCUGGUACUUAGCGGGCAUUGUGAGCUGGGGUGAUUCCUGUGGAGCCCCCAACAGGCCUGGUGUGUACACUCUGACUUCCAGCUAUGCCUCUUGGAUCCACCACCAUGUGGCAGAACUCCAGCCUCGGGUAGUGCCCCAAACCCAGGAGUCCCAGCCUGAUGGCCACCUCUGCAACCACCGUUUAAUAUUCAACUCUGCUCCAGCCCAGGGCUUGCAAGGGCCCAUUCUUCUGCCACUGGGCCUGAUGCUUGGCCUCUUCUGCCUUUGUCAUGAGCACUGAACUACUCAUCUAGAAGCUGACCCCACUUCUAGGACCGCCACCUCACGCCCAAGGACCCAUGCCUGUCCACAAGGAGGGAACUGGCUCCUACUAUACCUUCAUCCCAGGGGGAGGCCAGGCACCAUCCUGAUCUUUGAGCCCAU